CUGUUUUUCUACCAGAAAAAGAAAACGAGGGGGGUUUGUCUGUCCUCUGACUCCACUUUCUUUAGACUUUUUAAAUAUAUUUAUAUAUUUGUUAUUCAGACUCAUAAUAAUAAACCAGGCAUGGCGCUGACCGACGCGGACGUUCAGAAACAGAUCAAGCACAUGAUGGCGUUCAUUGAGCAAGAGGCAAAGGAAAAAGUUGAGGAAAUCAAUUCUAAGGCGGAGGAAGAGUUCAACAUCGAGAAAGGCCGCCUGGUGCAGACUCAUCGAGUGAAGAUCAUGGAGUUCUUCGAGAAGAAGGAGAAGCAGAUCGAGCAGCACAAGAGAAUCCAGACGUCCCACUUGAUGAAUCAAGGCAGGCUGAAGGUGCUGAAAGCCCGAGAUGACAUGAUCACGGAUCUGCUAAAUGAAGCCCGUAAAAGACUCUCUGAGCUCGCCAAAGACCCUGAAACGUACUCUAAACUACUGGACGGCCUGAUUCUUCAGGGACUUUACCAACUACUGGAGCCGAAGGUGACCAUCCGCUGUCGCCAGCAGGAUGUGGAAAUAGUUCAGGCGUCCGUCAGGAAGAAUAUCCCCAUCUACCAGGAGGCUGUGAGGAGCAGCAUCGCAGUCAGGAUUGACCGGGAUCUUUUCCUUCCUCCUGACAUCUGUGGAGGAAUAGAAAUGUGCAAUGAGAAUGGAAAGAUCAAAGUUUCUAACACUUUGGAGAGUCGACUUGAACUUCUGGCAGAGCAGAUGAUGCCGGAAAUCAGGGUCAGCUUGUUUGGUGCCAAUCCCAACCGUAAAUUCCUGGAUUAAUGAUGGUGAAUAUGAAAGUGGGUUGUUCUUUUUCUAAGUCCCACGCAAACUUGGCUCUUCAAAACUUAGGAAGAUGUUGUCGACGGUGACACCGCUCCGCUUCUGGUCUCUGGUGGAGGGAAUGAGGGUCUUCUUCUGCUGGCAUCUCUGUCUUCCAGCCACGACGACGCUCUGCUGUCACUAAUGCGCCUUAGGAGCUUUAAUUACAAACUGAAGAAGGAUUAUUUUACGAGGUUAUGUGAAGUAAAAUGUUUUUAUUUUUCUCCUUAUGGCUUUCAGCAUCAUGAAUGCUGCUCUCGAGCAUCUCUCUGUCUUUCAUGUGAACAUCAUGGGAAGAAUCUUCAUUUAGUUGAUUACGGGUCAACUUUCCCCACCAGCUCUUCAAAAUAAAAGCUUCAAGAGUUGGCAGCUCCUGA